GAUCUGUUUCUUUUGUGAAAGCUCAAUCACGGUUCAAAUCUAGUUAAUUUUACAAAGAAAAUACACCUACGUGUGCGGCGCUGCCUCUGUUACCUUUGCUAAUGUUAGCUAACUGGCUGGUGAUCGUUCGUCAGAUCCCACUCAUGUUAACGUGAAAUACAAGCAUCAAAAAGACGCUAUUGUAAGUUUUCUGGUCUCGUUAUUAAUGACCAUUUGAUGUGCAGUGAUGUACACAGAGGCUGCAGUUGUUGUCACUGUAGAGUUAUCUGUGAUGCUAAUCGCUCGCUCAUUUUACUCUUACUGAGCUCGGAGAAUAAUGCUUCUGUGUGGCUUAGAAGCAGCUGGUCGUAUAUCAGUGGGAAUGUAAAUAUAACACGAUUUUAUUUAUGGAGCGUCAGAUUGCAACUCUUUAAUAUUUUUUGCCGCAUUGCUGCUUGCUUUUCAAAAGCACAUAGAAGCUAACUUGACUUAACAAGCACUAGGUUCGACAGUAUUUAUUGCUGCUGCAGUGGGAUGACAACCGACUUUAAGUUGAACUAAACUGCAUCUGAUGAUCAGCCUGUAUAACAUGUAAAGAUUAACGAGUUUUUGUAUUUAUACCUCUGCAAACAACAUGUAGUGUAUGUACUUCUUAAUUAUACAUAUCAUGUAAAUAGUUGUUCAAGUUUAUGCAACUGAACUGUGUGCACAUUAGCCAAAAAUGUAUUGUAUUUGGGGCUGUAGCUUAUGAGGCUGAAUGUGGUUGUGUUGCUUGGAGUACAUAUGCUAUGCAAAUGUAAAACUUGCCAUCAGUGUGCCUUUUAAAUCAGCCCUUCACUACUGAUGGCAGUACAUUGUGGGCACAUCACACUUGUAAAGUAAAUAGUCAAUGAAACUGCAUAGAUAUCAUUGUAUUUCUGAUUCCUGCUUCAUUGAAAUCAAUUAACUAAGUUCCGUUACAGUGUAUUGAUGCUAUAUUUAUGUUCAACUUUGUUCAACUUUUAGUACAUCUACCCAAAAGUUCACCCUACUGAGGGAGAAUAAUCCUGUGACCUGGAUGUAAUUGCAGGAUGGAUGAGCUGUGUGACUUUUUAAGGUCACGAAAUGUGUCUGAGGAAACCAUACAGCAUCUGGAAAAGGAUAAGAUUGAUUCCAGUGUCAUACUGCUGAUGACAGAUGAACAGCUGAAAGAGUAUCUGCCAUCCUACGGUGACCGGCUGGCUGUUCUUGGAUUUUGCAGGCAGAAGGGCAAUAAUUCUGUUUCCCGUAAAUCAAAACUUUUUGAGCGACUGAGGGCCAAGAUAUCAAGAAACAGAAGUGAUGGUCAUGAGCAUCAGUCUGAGCAAGAACCACCUAGGAAUGCUCAAAAGAAUGUGCGAAAAGUUGAGAUAGGUUGGAUGCAUUUCCGUGAAGGAAAAUUUUUGCAAGUAAGGACCAAAAAAGGUGGCGGUACAAGAAAAAUCUCUAUAUCAAAGAACUGUAAAAAAAGUGAGUUGAUUGAAAAGGCAGUGGACCUGUUUUUUCCUGGUCAAAAAAACGCAGAGGGCAGCAUCACAGAUUUCGUAGUUGAUGUUACUGAUUUUCAGGAGCACUCAUUAGAUGAGCAGAUUACAGUUGGACAACUGUAUGAACAAACAAAACUACCACUCUUGCGUUUUUACUUAACAACCAAAAAGAAGGACAUUAGCAUUGACACACAGCCAGUCAACAGCAGUGGAACAGCUGCACAAGAUUUUGAAAACAUGGAACAGACAUCCAGCUCUACUCACCACAAUCCCAGCACAACUCUGGUAGAGGCUGAGGUACCAAAUACUGUUGAUGUCAUAUAUGUAGAAAGCAGCAAUGCUCUUUUAGACAUAAGCAGCAAUGAUGUUUCCUUACUGUACCCCAAUGCUGACAUGAAUGAUUUGUCCAGUGUGCAAGAGUUUGAGGGAGCGGUUAGUGUGGAUGUGUUAGAGGAUAGUGGCACUGUCACAUUCUCCACAGGCCAUGUCUCUGUAAUGGACAGUGUCAGUCUUGAUGACACUUUACCACUUUCUCUGCCAUCAUACGGGUCUGUGCAUUCUCUUUCACACCUUGAUAUGUUACAGGAGCCCAUUGCUCAGAGGCAGAGAACAAAGAAAAUUGUUGUUCUUCAUCGUGGACAGAUCCUUAAAGAACUUAUUUCACAUUUUUGUGAUGAAAAUGUCAUGCUAGAGGACAUUUCUAUCCAAGUGGUACUUCCUGAUGGAAGGCUGGAAAAGGCUGUUGAUGCAGGCGGAGUCCUGAGAGAUGUGCUUUCAGAAUUUUGGCAGGAUUUUUAUGAGCAGUGCACACUGGGGAAUGAUUUUAAGGUGCCUUAUCUUCGCCAUGAUUUUGGUCAGCAACAAUGGGAAAGCAUUGGUCGAAUCAUUGCAUUUGGUUGGCAGAAAGAGAAAUACCUGCCGAUAAAAAUUGCCCCUGUAAUAUUGGAACAAGCAGCCCUGGGAUGUAUUAAAAGUAGUCUUGUUGACAGCUUCCUCAGGUUUGUUACCGAGUCAGAUAGAAUGGUCUUUGAAACCUGCCGAUCAGAUUUUGAAGGUGUGGACCAGGAAGAGUUGCUUGAAGUAAUGGAUCUCUAUAGCUGCCGAAGAGUGCCAACAGGUGAUAAUUUCAAACAACUGUUGGAGGAGCUAGCCCACCAAAAGCUGAUCCAAGAACCUGCCUUUGUCAUUGAGCAGUGGAGCAAUGUGCUUGCAGCCUUAAGGUCAGAGCUAGAAGGCAUUACAGCUGCAUAUGAAAAUCUGCAGCCAACAUUGAGAAAAGUUAUGAGAUCAGUUAUUUACCCAUCUACCAUGAAUGACCAGCAGAAACAAACUGGAAAGUAUCUAAGCUCAUACCUUAGAGAAUCAGACACACAGCACCUCUCCCUUUUCCUCCGGUUUUGCACUGGAUCUGAUUUGUUUCUUGGUAAGAGCAUCACUGUCAGCUUCACACAAAUGCAAGGCCUUCAGAGACGGCCUGUUGCCCACACAUGUGGAUGCUACUUGGAGUUGCCAAUUAAUUAUGACAACUACCCAGACUUCCGACAUGAAAUGAACAAAGUGUUGGAGAGCAGUGUGUGGAUAAUGGACAUAGUGUAGCAAAGUUGAGUUGAUUUCCCGCAAGAUUUAAAUGUCUUAAGAAAAAAUCCUCAAAAAUAUGUAUUUUUUGGUUUAUGUUUACAUUUUCUGAGGAGGUUGUUCCCUUUGUAAAACUGGUUUUGUAGAUGAUUUUACUUGGCAAUGUUUGAAAAGAACUCCCAUAUUGUUGCAAUAUACUUUAUUUUUGCACUUCAUGUCACAUAAAGACAUAUGCAUUGAAACAUUUGUGUUAUUUUGAACAGAUAAAAAUACAACAGUUGCAUUGUUCUGUCAGUUCUUUCCAUUAUGUACAAACCUGAAAAAAAUGAUCACAAUGCAUAUAUGAUGAAGUACUAAAUAUUUCUGUUUUCUACUGCAAAAAUGUCAACUUUAUGUUCUAAAUUACACACAGACUGUAUAAAAGAACUGGAUGUAGUUUACAGGCUUGAAAAAUGUGACUCCUGUUCAAAUAAUUCAUAAUAAUUCACAAAAUUUUCAAUCAUGCACUUGGUCAAAAAAAAUGUCCACAAGUUAUUAUGUCAUCAGCUAAAAUCACUCCUUAUCAGUGUACUUCUGGUCCAUUGAAAAAUACUCCUUCAUUAAGUAAAUAUUAGGCCUCAAAGAGACAAAAAAACUUUUAACCAAGUAUGGUCACUUUUGUUUCUAACAAAUUACAAACUCUAGAUUUCUAAACUGGAGUCCACAGAUCAAUGGGUGACAUCACAGUGACUACAUCCAGGCCUUUCAUACAGUCUGUGAUUUAACACCAAUACUACAGAAGUGUGACAAAGAGGAAUGUAUAUUUACAUUUGCAUUAAAUCCAGAUUCUUUUCUUUUUGUA